GAUAAUAUGUUUCGUAUGAUCUGGUAUUAAAGUGGCGUGGGAGCUUCUAUGUUCUCUCUAUUCCUCAACUCAAAGCAUUCGAAACAAUUCUUUUGUGUUAUUUCGACCAAGCGAGCCGUGUCCAGAGCACAUCCGAGUAAGUUGUAAACCUUGUACCAAAGACUUUACGAAUAUUACACCAAGAUGUGUUACUUUGCCGUUACCACGUUUUCCUGCGGGUGUCUUGCCUGGAGAGGUAGCGAGUACAGAUAUUGCGCGGAGCGAGGCAGAAGCUGCAGUGAGAAGCUGCUCGAGAAAUACGAAUGGUUGACUUUUUGUCCGGACGCUCGCAGGGCUAUGGAUCGUAAGAAGUGUAGGGGACGCGUCGUGUUACCGAAAUGUUGCGACAAGCUCAGCGAGGAGCAGCGCAAUGCUCUUUGCCAAGAAUGUAACUCCAUCCUAGAAAACGGGAAAUUGGAGUUGUUUCCUUACUGCGCUGAACACCGAGUCCGCGUGUUUGCCGGAGUCGAGGUGGACGCUGAAGCGGAGUUCGAUAAGGUGGUAGCGCUUUGGCCGUCUCAGUUACGUUCAAGAUACCUCCGAAGAAAACAAGAUAAAACUGCUCGAGACUGUGGAUGGUCUCUAUAAGCAAGUAGUUAUGAUGUAUGAUGCAUGGCCGUUAUGAUUUGGUUUAUUUAUGGGCUUGUGGGCUUACAGGCUUGCGACUUUAUGAAUUUAUAAAGAGAAAAAAAGAAAAAGAAAAAAAAAAGGGAAAAAAAAAAGAGAAACCCCGAUAAAAAUUAAGGGGAGUUAAGAGCCAGGAGUUCGGAAUCAUGUUACGGACAUGUUUCUAAUGUUUAAACGGUUUGUUUCUUUUUUAUUUUGUUUUUAUUUACUCCUCGUCUUGUUUUCAUGUUUGAAUAGUUUCGCUUGUAUGGGUCUCAGGCGUUUAAUUAUGUAAAUGAUUAAAUACCUCAAGUGCCCAUACCUACCCAGGUAGGUAUGUAGCGAUAAUACAGAUUGAGUUGAUGUUUUAAGCGUGUUGUGUAUUAUUUUGGCUGCUUUUUAUAAAUCAUCCGAUGGUUCAGAGUUGAAGUUGUCGUAUUUGUUUAAAAGUUUUUAUAAGCCAUGUUGACAAUAGAAUUGUUGGUAAUGACAAUGUCGUCAUAAUAAUAU